GGCGGCAUUGGAUACAGUUUUACGGACUUAACCGACUUGGGAAUUAGCUGACACUGCAAACAUGCCGUCCAAGGCUGCCCCGAUCAAGAAGCCGGCUAAGAAAGAACCAGCCAAGAAGGAGGAGAAGGCUCCAGAGCCGGCACCUGAACCCGCCCCUGCUCCCGCUGAGGCCGAAGCUGCACCUGCUGAGGCUGCUCCUGCCGAGGCAGAGGCCCCCGCGGCCCCGCCAGCUGAGGAGCCCAAACCCCCCACCCCACCUCCACCCGCAGAUGCUGCUGCGCCUGCUCCAGAAGAAGCACCAGCCGCUGCAGCUGAGGCCCCUGCUGAUGCUGCUGCUCCCGCUCCAGAAGAAACACCAGCUCCUGCAGCUGAGGCCCCUGCUGAUGCUGCUGCUCCCGCUCCAGAGGAAACACCAGCUCCUGCAGCUGAGGCCCCUGCUGAUGCUGCUGCUCCCGCUACAGAAGAAACACCAGCUGCAGCUGAGGCCCCUGCUGAUGCUGCCGCUCCCGCUACAGAGGAAACACCAGCCGCUGCAGCUGAGGCCCCCGCUGAUGCUGCUGCCGCUCCACCCGCGGAGGAAGGUGCUCCUGCAGCUGAAGGCGAGGCGCCCGCUGAUGCUGAAGCUGCUGAAGCGCCCGCGCCAGAAGAGCCUAAAGCACCCACACCUCCUCCACCUCCACCCAAAGAGCCCACAAGUGUCCCCCUGGACCUGUUUGUUGAGGAUAAGAACGACACUUCAGUCACUAUCAUCUGGAGCCAGCCAGAGGUCGUCGGACCAUCCGGCCUGGAUGGAUACACCAUUGAAGUCUGCAAGGACGGAACUGAGGACUGGAAGGCAGUCAAUGAGGAACUGCAGAAGUCCACCCGCUACGUUAUCAAGAACCAGACCACUGGUGAUCGUCUGAAGAUUCGCGUGGUGGCUGUGAAUGCUGGUGGCCGCAGCCCCCCCGUCGCCCUGCCCGAGGCCGUCCUGGUGAAGGAGGUCGCUGAUCGUCCCAAGGUCCGCCUGCCACGUUUCCUCAGGCAGAGAUACGUCGCCCAAGUUGGAGCUAAGAUCAACCUGACCAUCCCCUUCACAGGCAAACCCAAACCAGUGGUUUCCUGGUUAAAGGAUGGGCAGCCCCUGGACACAAAGAAGGUGAACAUCCGCAGCACCGACAGAGACAGCAUCCUGUUCAUCCGUGCAGCCGAGAGAGAAGACUCUGGAGUGUAUGAAAUGUGUGUGAAGGUGGAUGACUUCGAGGACAAGGCUUCACUCACCCUGCAAAUUGUUGAGCUGCCGGGGCCUCCCGCCAGUGUGAAGAUCGUGGAUACCUGGGGCUUCAACGUUGCUCUGGAGUGGACCGCACCCAAAGACAAUGGAAACACAGAAAUCACAGGUUACACUGUCCAGAAGGCCGACAAAAAGACUGGAGACUGGUUCACUGUGUUGGAGCAUUACCAUAGACUGAAUGCCACCAUCUCUGACCUCAUCAUGGGCAACACUUACAGGUUCAGAGUGUUCUCCGAAAACAAGUGUGGAAUGAGCGAGUCGGCUUCUAUUGCAAAGGGGGAGGCCAAGAUCCUGAAGACAGGUAUCGAAUACAAGCCCCCAGAGUACAAGGAGCACGACUUCAACGAGGCGCCCAAAUUCACCACCUCUCUGACAGACAGAGCCACCACCGUCGGCUACAGCACCAAGCUGCUGUGCUCCGUCAGGGGAUCCCCAAAACCCAAGGUCAUGUGGAUGAAGAACCAGAUGAUUAUUGGAGACGACCCCAAGUACAGGCAGAUCUGCGUCCAGGGAAUCUGCUCUCUGGAGAUCCGUAAGCCCGGUAACUUUGACGGUGGUGUGUACUCCUGCAAGGCCCUGAACGAUCAUGGAGAGGCAACUGUCAGCUGCAAACUGGAGGUCAAACAGGCAAACGUUGCAGAGGCAGACAAGAAAUAAGUCAACAUUCGCAUUCUCACAGGAGCAGAAGGAAUGAGGCCUUUGCAGCAUAAGGAAGGUGCUGGAUUCCUGGAAGAGCAUGUAUAUAUGGCUGGUGACCACACUACCAAAAGGGUUGUUGCCUGCGACCUCUUGCCAAGUGUUACCCUGUGUUAUGAUGAACAAUUGUUGUCGCUUUAUGCCUUUAUCGUUUAACUACAAGUCCACAUCCGUGUCCACAAUCAGCUUUUUCCCCCCAACGAUACUGUAUAUGGUAACUGAAUUGUCAUCCUGUCAGUCUAACUUGGUGUACACCAACACUUCAACAGCAUUAACUUACUCUUCCUCACGGGAGAACUACAUGUAACAUCCACGUGUUUAUAUCAAUAAAUAAUUUAAUUUCUGGU